AUGGAGCCGUCCGACGACUUGAGCGACUCCGAGUACCUGCCAGUAACGGACAAUGAACCGUCAAAUACGAAUGAAGUCGCCCAACAACCCGCACGACCCGCCGAACGCGCGACAGACGGCCUCAAGCAGUCGACCCUCUCCUUCGGCCGCCCUUCGCCGUCCGAAUACCUCGCCAAACUAAAUCCGGCGCAGAGGGAGGCUGUCACGGCAAGCGCAGAAGGCGGUCUGGCGAUUCAUGCGGGUCCCGGAAGCGGGAAGACGGCGGUAUUGACGACGAGGGUCGCUUACCUGGUGCAGAAGGGCGGCAUCAAGCCAGAGGAGCUUGUCGUCGUCACGUUCACUAACAAGGCCGCGAACGAGAUGAAGGUCCGAUUGAGCAAGAUCGUCGGCGCCGAGACGGUCGACAAACUUGUGAUGGGGACGUUCCAUUCCGUUUGCGUGCGAUACCUGCGAAAGUACGCCAAGCUCGUCAAUCUUGCUUCCAACUUCCUGAUCACGGACCGGGACGACUGCCUUGGCAUCAUCAAGCGACUCCUCCAAGCCCUGCCCGUUCCCGCCAACCUCAAGCGCGAGAUGAAGCCUCAGACGUGGCUCGAGAGCAUCUCGAAGUGCAAGAGCAGGAUGAUGUCGCCCGAUCAGUACAGGGCGGACAGGAGCGCAGCGGUCGAUCAGGAGAAGAUCGAAUGGGUAGCGAGGAUGUACGAGGCCUACGAGGAUGCGCUCGCCAGCGGCAAUGCGCUUGACUUCGACGACUUGCUUGUGCGAGGCUACCAACUCUUCCGCAACCACCCACGCGUCAUCGCCAAGAUCAAGUCGGUGCUCAUCGACGAGUUCCAGGACACCAAUUCGGUGCAGUACGACAUCGUGAAGCUGAUUGCGGCGCCCUCUGGCUCUUUGACCGUUGUUGGCGAUCCGGACCAGUCGAUCUACGGAUGGCGCAAUGCCGAGAUCGAGAACCUCGAGAAAAUGCUCAAGGACUUCCACCCUGUCCGGCAGAUCUUCCUCAAGGAAAACUACCGCUCCACAGGCGCGAUCCUCGGUGCUGCUCUCGCCGUCGUACGGCAAGAUACCAAGCGCAUCAACAAGUCUCUCACGACCUCGCAUCCUGCCGGCUCCUCUGUCGUCUUGCAUCCCGCUCCGAGUGCCCAGGACGAAGCCGCCUUUGUCGCCUCAACCAUUAAGCACCUCGUUGCUCAUCUCGGAGGGCUGGUCGGGUACAACGACUUUGCCGUCCUGCUUCGCUACGGCGCUUUGUCCCGCAACAUCGAAGUCGCGCUGCAAAAGGCGGGUAUCCCAAGUCGCAUGGUCGGCGGCCACAAAUUCUUCGAGCGCAUCGAGAUCAAGGACAUGCUGUGCUACCUUCAGCUUCUCUCGAACCCGUCCUACUCGCCCGCCCUCAUGCGCGUCAUCAACGUCCCUCGCCGCGCCAUCGGCGACAAGACCAUCCGCGAAAUCGUCGCUACCGCCGAGAAGAAGAAGAUCUCGCCGUUUGAGGUGUGCGUCAAGAUUGCAAAGGGGCAGAGUAUCGUGCAGGGUAUGACGACUGCGCAGAGGAAGGGCAUUAGGACUCUGGUCGAGCUCGUGCGAGAUGGGCGAACGAAGGCGGACGAGGGCGUCGAUGUUGCGAGCUUGAUCGACCUGAUAGUCGACCGCGUCGGUUACAGGGCGCACCUCGAGAAGCAGCACUCGCACGACGCGGCUGAGCGAUGGGAGAACGUGGAGGAGCUCAAGGCGUACGCCACCGUCGUCGCGCAGGAGAACCCCUCGACGGCCGAUCUCGCCACCGCAGCGGACCCAGAAGAGGGCGACUCGCAGUUUGAGGAGGUCGCGAUUCUCCCGAAGAACGGCUCGCUCAGCAUCGAGGACGAUGAUUCGGACAUCGAGAUUGUCGACUCUCCGAAGCCCAAGUCGAGGGGGAGGAAAGGCAGCGAGGAGACAGAAAAGCUCGAGGUCCCACUAAGCUCACAAGCAGCCGUGGAAGGAGCGGCGACCCCUCUGGAGAUCUUCCUCGCCACUUCGAUGCUCGCCACCGACACGGAGACGCAGGCCGCGAAGGGCGAUGCGAAGCUCGAGAAGGUCACGAUCUCGACUUGCCACGCCGCGAAGGGACUCGAAUGGCCUGUCGUCUUCAUCCCGGCGUGCGAGGAUGGCACUUACCCCUUCUUCCGCUCGACCGAUGCGAACGAGGUUGACGAGGAGAGGCGCUUGCUCUACGUCGCCAUCACCCGCGCGCAGAGCUUCUGCUUCCUCUCUUACGCUGCGCAGCGGAUGGCCGGAGCCGAGAUGAAGCAGAAGAAGCCUUCGCCUUUCAUCGCCACCGCCUCGCAGACCUACCCGUCGCUCUUCGUUAAGAAACUGCAGAAGGUGACGCCGAAGCUGCGUGGCGAAGUCGCCAAGGUGCUUGGCAGGACAGCGCCGAGCGAGGAGGUCGCGAAGAGAAUGAUCGACGAGUACCUCGCAACGAUGCCGGUCGACCCGCCUGUCUGGGACGUCGCCUCGCAACCUACCGGCUCGCGCGACUACGGCAGCUUCGGUUCGUCGAGCGGGCGGUACGGCGGCUUCGGGUCGCAGGGUCGCUACGGCGGGACGUUUGGCUCGAGCCAGGGGCAAAGCCAGGGUCGAUGGAGCACGCCUGUAGUGCCGCAGUCUCAGGCGGUGCCUCCCGGCCAAGGCGGCUUCCGCUCGGCCCUCUCGACGUUCAAGAGUGUUGCUGGCGGCGCAGGAGCAGGCGUCAAUCUGACAACGGCAGGCUUUGCUCCGGCCUCGUCAUCGCUGUCGAGCAAAAGCGGCGGGUUCACCGCUCCUCGACCGGCCGGUUCCGCCGCUCCGUUCAAGCCGCCGACUGUCGCUCCUUCAGCCGCGCCACGCCUCCCUCCGACCUCUCUCGCCGCCUCCGUCGGCGCGCUCGCCCCGCUGCCGCCCAAGCCUCCGGUCGAUGGCGCGCCUGGAGUCGUUGAGACCCGCGCGUCGAGGAUCAGCGACGUCGUCCUCGUCAACCCGAAGCUCGCGCCAGCUUCGCUCACGACCGGAGGCGGGCGCGAUUUGCUGGCGAGCUUCCAGAAGGGCGCUGAUGACGAGCUCGAGGCGUUCAAGCGGUUCGCGGGCGAAAGCGAGGAGGACGGUACGGAAGUCGCGCAGGAGUCCGCUGUUGGGGUCCAGUCGGGGGCUCCGAUGUCCCCGAAGGCGAAGAAGAAGCGGAGCGCCGCGUCGUCGGGGGGUGCAGCGACCAAGGCGGGCGGCAAGAAGGCGAAGCGGUGA